AUGAUUAUUUUCUGUAGAAGCGAAAAUGGAAUCGCAAUGGGCUUCAAGAACUGCCUCGGCCUCAAAGCUCAACGAUAUGAAAACAACAUUAUGGCAGUUUUACCAAUUAAUAAAGAUAUUUUAUUGGCUGAAAAAUUUGCGAAUGUCGAUUUAGAAGGUGGUACACUACUCGACGUUAAACGGUAUGAUGAGAUCGAUCAGACCGAUGGUUGUCGAGUUCAGGUUACCGAAUAUCACAUUCUUUCAGCCGAUGGCCAAGAGGAAUUGACAAAAACUUGUCGUCGUAAAUUGAUCAUCGAAUGUAAUCAAAGUUCAAGAAGGACAGAAAUUCGAAAUGACGGUGAAGCAAUUAUCGAAGAAAAAACGGAGCAUUUGGUCGGCGAUAUCAGCAGUCUUCAAACGACACCGUUUGCCAUAAAUCAAGAAAUUGACUUUGCAUCUUCUAAGGAUGCUGGAAUCAACGAAAUGUUUUUGAAAACGCAGGAAAAUUUUAUGAAAAUGUUGGAAGAUCAGAAGACUCAGUUGGUGAAAAUGUUUCCUGAGCUUUUUUCCGAAAUGCGCACUCAAUCUUCUUUAACAUUUCCGACGACCGAAGUGGAGACAUUUGUGAAUCCAGAUGGAAGCACCACGAUGCGAACUCGUUCAUCACGGGCAUACAGUUCGCAUUUUUCGAAACAAGAAACUUACAUAAAUGGUGUAAAACAGUCGACAAAAAGCAAAUUCAGGGCUUUCAUGGAAUAUAAAGGUCCAGAAGGUGGUUUUAAAGUCAAACUGACUGACAAUCCUGAUGGUGAUCUUUCGGAGGAUGAAUCAGAUGAGCUGAGCGAUCAGAGUGAAGAUGCACGCUCACAAAUCUCUGAAGUACCUGAGAAUCAGUCAGCGAUGAUUGCAACUGGCACUGUUGGACUUAUACCUGUGUUAAAAGAGAAAAUAAAGAAACGACAAGAUAAGGCUUGGCAUGCCGCAAAAGAACUUGUUGAUUCUGAGAAACGUUAUGUUGAUAAGUUGCAUUUAUUAAGUGAGGUUUUUCGCAAUAAAAUAGUGGAGGAGAAAUUAUUGGAGAAGGAUAAAUUAUCGGGCCUAUUCGCCAAUAUAUCAAGCCUUUAUCAGUUUCAUAAUACACAUCUCUUGCCUGCUCUUUUGGAAAGUUGUCGAGAAUGGCAGACUAGUCGAAAAAUUAGUGGAGUCUUACGAAAAAGAGCACCCUUCUUGAAAAUGUAUUCGGAAUAUACAAAUAACUAUAAAAGAGCGACAAAAAUAUAUGAUGAAUGUUAUAAAAAAAAGCGUCGUUUCGCUCAAAUAGUGCAAGAGAUUGAGGCUGAUCCCGAAUGCGAAAAUCUUCCGUUGGUAUCACAUUUAAUUUGUCCUGUACAGCGAGUAAUGCGUUAUCAAUUGCUUUUACAGGAGUACAAGAAACACUUGAGCACUUCGGAUGUUGAUUAUGAAGAUACAAAAGCUGCAUUGGAACUUGUACUUGAUGCUGCUAGUCAUGCUAAUGAGAUGAUGCGCAAACUGGACCGGCACAAAAAUGUAUUAGAAGUUCAAGAACAGCUCGGAAAUUCGAUAUCUUUGGUGUCCCCUGGUCGCGAACUUAUUAAAAAAGGCAAAAUAUCGAAAGUGCUUUCACAUUCGGAUAAAACAGAAGAACGUUUCUUAUUUCUCUUCAACGAUUUGAUUCUUUUGGCGUCUGAGCGAACCCUGCCUGGUUUUGGUAAAUACAAAGUUCGAGCAAUAUUCGAUGCUAUACUUACUCAGAUUUGUGAGGGGGAUAAUCUUGAGCGUGAACAUUCAUUUUAUAUCAGAGGAGCUGAUUCUCAGGCUGGUCCUUCUAGAUGCGUAGAAUUGAUAGCACUGAAUUCUAAAGAAAAAUCUGACUGGAUUGAUACAAUUUGGUAUACGCUUUUUUUCGUAAUAACUAAAAUUAUUCUUGUUGCGAAUUUGUCGAAAUUUUUUUUUCCUUUUUUUUUAAAGACGAUCAACAUCAGAGCAACGAGAUCGGAAAAUCGAAACUGUGCAAUGUGCGAUGUGGAAUUCUCGAUUUUGUUUCGAGGAACGAAUUGCUCGCGUUGCAAACAGCGAUUCUGCAAAAAAUGUCUUAAUAAAACGAAUGGAGACGAGAAGAAUGGGCGAAUUUGCAAUAACUGUUGCCGCAACAACAAUUUUGGAGUGAUAAAGGGAGAUAAGCAUGUAAAAAAUCGAAUUAAUCCGUUGGCUAUUGCUGCGAACGAAGGUGAAAUUCUACAUGCUAGCUAUGUCAAGUUUAAAGGGUCGCUGAACAAAGUUUUCAGACGAUAUUUCGUCGUGCGCAAAGACUUUUGCCUUUAUUCAUAUGACUGUGAAAAUGCGAAAUGUGCAUUGUCCAUGCUUCCGCUUCCUGGUUGUGAAGUAAAAUUGAGCGGUGAAAAAUUGACUUUUACAAUAAAACAUAUGAGCAGGCAAUAUGUUGUUACAGUUGAUACAGAACAAAAUCAGAUUCGAUGGAUGGCUGUUCUUGAUUUAGCAUCAAACGCUGUUCUUAGAGAUAAGAAAAAUCUUUAG